AUGGGGAAGAACUGUACUGUGUGUGCCCACUGCGAAGUGGGUUGGGUCUGGAAUGAAGACUUGUACUACAACCCGUACUGCUGGCAUUGCGGAAAGGCGUGGAAAAAGGCCACUUACCGUGAGCGAGCAUGGUCAAGCCAGCGGAAGAAGUGGCAAUGGCCAAAGGAAGAUGCUACUUGGUGGACAAGACCUGCCAAGAACAAAGAAGGGAUGGCCGACCAAGCCCUCACGAAGGCGUGGGGUACGCUUUCUAUGGAGGCAAAGAAGGCCAUCGAAGAAGCAGGAUGGAAGCCGCGGACGAUGGAGCCGGGGCCAAUUUGGCCCCCGGGAUUACCUGGCAAUGGAUCGCAGGUAGAAAGCAUGUCACAGAAGGAGUACCAUGCGGCCAUUGAGACUGUGUGGCAAGGAGCCGAGCCCGCAGUGCAAAGGCUCCUCAGAGCGGCGGGUAUACCCCCGCCGGGGGACUACAAGCCUGAGGACGAGACGCCAAAGCAGGAACUUAGCCGCCAUGUUGGUACAUACAGACGGACGACAAACAAGCUGAGAACGCUCAUUGAGAAGAAGGUCCGGCUUCAGGACAAAACGGAGAAGAUAAAGAGCGAGUUCGAGCAGGCCAUGAAGCAGCUUGCGCAAGUCAGCCAGGCCAUCCAGGCCACGGAGCUGGAGGUAGCGGAAGCACAGAAGAAGGUCCAAGCCUGUGUGAAGGAUGAAGAGGACUCGCCAUACAAGGACGUCGCGGACUACCUGGAAAAGGAAGGGAUCAUCCUGUCUGAGGAGCAAGCGGAGGCGCUCAAAACAAGGAUGGCAGUCAAAGUCGUGGAGACAGACUGGACGGGAGUCUUGGGACCAAGAGAGCCGAGCAUGCCAGUUGAACUUGGCAUAUAUGGGCCGAUGCGCAUGUCUCGAGAUGUGUCAGUCAGGGCAACGCCGACGGGGCGCGAACGCUCGCCGGCGCGUGCCCAGGGCGAGUGA